AUGAAUUUCGACGACGAGGACGAGAAUGGAGCAGGCUCCCAAGAUUCAGGCUCCGAGAACGAUGCCGACGAGAUCAUGGAGGAUGUAGACGACGGGGACGCAGAUGCCGAUGCCGACGCUGAUGGCGAUGGAGAUGGCGACGAAGGGGACGAGGAUGGCGAUGAUGGCGACGGAGACGAUGAUGAUGGGAACGGGGACAAUGACGACGACGACCAGGAGGAGCCAGUCAGCCCCUCACAACGGCCGCGCAGCCUUCCCAAUGGCUCUUCUGCUAUGCCAGGCCCCUUAAGAACCGAUACAAACCCGACCGUCACCUUGACCUCACCUUCUCCACGAGCUGCCGAACUGGCAGGAGGUCUGCCGUUCCGACCGAGUGUACGACCAGAAGCCCUCAAUGCGCUCGUAUACGACAUCAUCCCUACGAUCGCAGCCCCACACAGCACCUCGAUAAAUGCCGUGACUGCGACGCCAGACAUGCGGUGGGUUUUCAGUGGAGGAGCAGAUGGAUACAUAAGGAAGUUUAAUUGGAUCGAUACGGCCAAUGGCAAAUUGGCCCUCACCGUGGCUCAACGGCACCCGUUCGUUGAUAGUGUCACGAAAGCUGGGGUGCUUCUUAGCUACUGGGAAAACGACGAUUCCGACCGCAACGAGGCUACCAGUCUCUCGCCAGUAUACUCCCUUGCUGUACACCACCAGUCACUCUGGCUCUUAUCUGGACUAGAGUCAGGAGGCAUAAACCUGCAAUCUGUGCGACAUGAAGAAGGCAAGCGGAUACACACUCUUCGACAGCACACCUCGGCUGUGUCUGUUUUGACGCUCGCACAAGAUGAGACUUCGGUGCUCUCAGGAAGUUGGGACAAGACUAUAAACGACUGGGAUCUCAACACAGGACAAGUGAAGAGACGCUUUGAGACAAGUAAUGGUCAGCAGAUCUCCGCGAUCGAGCAAAGACCGAUGUCUACAUUGCCUAUUCCACAGGACACCGACAUAGUGCCAGUCUCAAACGGCACGUUUUCGUCCAAUAACGCAGCUCGCCCACAAGCCAAUGGUCUCUCUAAUGGCGUCGGGCCUUCCAGUCGACCUUCGGCUGUAGAAGCGAACGGGAACGAAGAUGCUGCUGGCUCGCCCGAAGACUCAUUGUUCGGCGACAAAGAUUCCCUGUUCGGUGACGACAAAGACCCAUCCAAUGGCCCAUCGGGGCUCGCGCCAUUCGGAGACGAUGAGGAAGACGAGUUUUCGAGAGCCAUCGCCAAUGGUAUACAGCAGGCGGACGAGGAUGCAAACGCUGGUAUGGACAUGAUGGAUCUUGGCGGCCCGGUCCAAGCUCCCGCCCGCGAACAAUCACCUGAAGCCUUGAAGGAAUCUCUGGGAACUACGCAGACCGAAACACUGCCCAACGGAGUGUCGGAGGCCCAGUCCAGCGCGCUUGUCAAUGGUCUUCCCCAUUCGGAAGAAGUCUCAGGAUCGGCCGGUACAAACUCAAUGCAAGCUGAACAACCAGCUUCGUCCGAAACGACAUUCUUUGACGCGGCAAUUGACGGUACAGUUCGCAUCUGGGAUCGACGGCAAUCGAAUCCAAUCGCUCGCAUAGCGCCUCCACGUAAUACCCCGCCUUGGUGUAUGAAUGCUUGCUGGUCACCGGACGGCAACUUCAUCUACGCCGGCCGAAGGAACGGUACUGUUGAUGAGUACAGCCUUCACAAAAGUUUGCGAGAACCUCGACGAACCUUCAAAUUUCCCGGGGUUAGUGGUGCCGUGAGCGCUGUGCGGGCGAUGCCCAACGGGCGACACCUUGUCUGCGCUUCCUAUGACAUUCUGCGGUUGUAUGACCUUCAUGAGCAAGAAAACAAAAAUCUCGCUGUACCUUUCUGGAUCGUUCCAGGUCAUCGGACAGGUGUAGUUUCGCAGCUGUAUCUUGAUCCUACAUGCCAGUUCAUGAUAUCAACCGGCGGGAACAGAGGCUGGGAAGGGAGUACGACGGAGGUUUUGCUCGGAUACGAGAUUGGCAUUCCAUCUUGA